AUGUGCGACUGUUGCUAUCUUCGGUUCAGCAACAACAACAUCGUCAUCACCAUCACCAAUCCAGCAAUCAUCAACAACGACAACGUCAUCUUCCUCACCAACAAACAAACCAUCUCCAACGUGUUUGAAGAAAAAAUUCCCGAUACUGAAAUUACAACUUAUAUUAAUAAAAGCUAUUUCGAUGUUGACACAGCAGUUUUCAAUUCUUCUACAUUAAACCCAGAAACCAUGUUAAACAUUUUAUCACACCAUACAAGCAACAACAUCAAAAAUAUCUUUAAUAACCGUAACAUCAACAAUGAUCCCCAUAACAGCAAAGAUUACAGUAAGAUAAGCAGCACAGAUGUGACCUAUGACAACAACAACGUUGAAAUGAAUAACAUCUACAAUAACAACACCAGAUACAAUAACAGAUUUGAAAAUAUCCUUAAUGUUAACAACAACAACAACAACACCAACAACAGCAACAACAGUAAUGACAUCAACUACAUCUACAACAACUACAAUAGCAGUGGCCAAGUUAAUAACGAAAGUAGAAGUAACCAAAGCGUAGAGAAUAUAUCGUCCAACAUAGAAUACAUUAACAACAGCAGUAUAAACAGUGGAGAUGUUGGAAAACAAACAGCACCAUACAGAGGCGUUAGGAGAUCUGACGUUGAAAAACAAAGCUUCAAUAUUGCUUCUGAGAACCAGCAACAAAACGAUGAAAGAAACGCUAAAAUCAAUCAUGAGAAUGUAGAUGACAACCUGAGAAACAAAAGUAUAAAAAAACUCAUUUAUAAUGAUAAAAUCAAUUACAUGCUUAACGUUAAUGACAACAACAACUACAACAGCAGCAGCAACAACAACCACAUAAACAAAAUCGACACCAAUACUCACAUGAAUCACACAUUCGUAUUUAAUUCCGCUAAACAUUCUGGUAACCAAGCUGAUCACACUUCUUACAUCAACAACAAUAACAGAAAUGACAUCAAUAUUGGACGGAACGAUCCAGAAAGUGCAAAUAUUCACGACAUCAAAGCAAGUGGUUAUUCGAUCGGAGAAACCUUCCAUGACAACAUCAACAAUGACACCAGUAACGACAUCAACAAUGACACCGGUAACGACAUCAACAACGACACAAAUUAUACAACUAUCGGUGAAAGUACUAAAUAUAACAAUGUAACAUGCAGCAGUCUCAAUAACAUUAAAUGCGCGUAUGCUGGUGACAACGAAGACACCACUUUUGAUGAAAUAAUUCUCAAUAACACUGACAUGAAUGUUAGUUUUGUUGGGAUGAAUCUAACAUCUAGUGCUAACGUUUCACGAAAAAAUAGCGACAAAAAUAUUAGCACUGACAACAACCUCAACAGUUGCAGCAACAGUCAGAAUGACGAAAGAAACGCCGACGGAAACGAUUCAACAGCAUCAGAUGUUGACGCGAUCAAUCCAUAUGCCAAUUAUAUUGAGAUCAACUCUGAAUACGUCAACAACAUCACUGAUAUUUUUGAUGCUACUAUUAGUAACAAUAGCAACAACAACAACAGCAACAACAACAAUAACAAUAACAACAACAGCAACAACAACGACAAUAACAACAACAACAGCAAAAACAUCAACAGCAACAACAUCAGCAGUAACUACAACAACAGCAGGAGUAGCAACGGGAGAAACACGAAUAAUUUUAACGAAACUAACAACAACAUUAACAUUAGCAAUAACGUUGACAAUAAUCCUGACAUUAAUAACCAAUCCAACUUAAACUAUAACAUUAAUAGCAUCAACAACAACUCAAAGGGGUCUAUUUUUAGAUACGCUAAGUACAACAAUAAAUUAAUUAACGACAGUUUUCUAGGAAACAAUAAUAGAAUCAACAACAUUGACAAAAACAACAACAACGAUAACAACAACAUAAAUAACAAUAACAACAGCAACAACGACGACAACAUCAACAGUGACAACAACAUCAGCAACAACAUUUUUCUAGAGAAUGAUGACGAGGAAACAAGCGCCAUCACCACGAACCCUGCUAACUAUUCCCGAGAUCUCAAAAUAGGUCAGUUGAUGGACGAAAAUAGGUCAGUAAAAGAUGACGUCAUCUAA